AUUUCAGGAUAUUUAGUAGUCAUACUUUGUUUUACAAAUAUGAAGAAACCAAAGUAUUUUGAGUACCUUCAUAAUCUCUUUAAAAAAGACAAAACAAUUAUUGAAGAUGAUGAAGAUCUACGUGGCCUUCCUUGUCAUCAACGACUAUUCAAAAAAGCCUAUCCUUUGGGCUUUCUAUCCGAAAUAAAAGCUCUGAUUCGUCUAGCGGUGCCUAUUUCUAUGUCGUCAGUAUUCAUAUAUACAAUUUCCCCGGUCAGUAUGGCAUUCUGUGGUCACUUGGGCAAAGACCAAUUAGCUAUAAUCGGCUUGGCAAUGUCAGUGUUCAACAUCUGUGGUAUGUUUAUCAUACUUGGAUUGCUCACAGCGUGUGAUACGUUGUUCUCACAGACAUAUGGAAGCACAAUCAAAAAUAAAAUGGUCCUGCAACUUUAUAGAGCCAUUAUUUUAAUUUCACUGUGCUGCAUUCCAUCGUGUGCUUUUUAUUUAAAUGCUGAACCGGUUCUUUUGUUGCUGGGACAAAAUCCUUUAAUUGCUCAGGGUACUGCAAAUCUAUUACUCUACCUCAUACCUGCAUUGAUUUUUGGUGCACUUGGUCAGCUGUUAAUCAAGUUUAUACAGACACAGAAUCGUGUUUAUCCACCCUUGUUUAUAAUGAUUCUGGUGAACGGUAUCAAUGCCUUGAUGCAUUAUAUACUAAUCUAUGUACUGGGAAUGGAUGUCAGUGCUUCGGCAAUAUCUCAAGCGAUAGCAUACUUUUUUCAGGUGGUAUGCCUUAUCAUCUACAUACGGUUAGCUGAUUUUUCGAAGAUUAUGAGCUUUACACCAACCAAAGAAAUAUGGGAAGACUGGGAUACAUGGUUUCGUCUGGCAAUUCCUGGUCUAAUUAUGGUCAGCUUAGAAUGGACAAUUUAUGAGAUUGGUGGUUUUAUUGCUGGUUCCUUGGGAGCUCGUGAACUGGGUGCGCAAAGUAUUGUUAUAACUAUUGGAAGCUUAUGCUAUACUUUGGUUCCAAUUGGUGUUGGGAGUGCAACAGGUAUACGCGUAGGACAAUAUCUCGGUGCACAAUCCGUUAGAGGUCCUCACUGUGUGUUCAGUGUGGCUCUGACAUUAGUUGGUUUAUGCUCUUUACCAUAUUUAGGAAUACUGAUUGCGAUAAGAUGGCACCUACCAAAGAUAUUUACACUUGAUAGUGGUGUUAUUGAACUUGUUGCUGAAUUGAUGCCAAUCAUUUCAGUAUUCCAAAUAGUCGAUGGAGUAAAUGGCGUCUGUAGUGGUGUUCUCAAAGGAUCUGGCUUGCAAACAGUUGGUGCCAUUGUAAAUAUAGUCUUUCUCUACAUGAUAGCAGCGCCGCUCGGAGUUUGCUUAGUAUACUUAGCUAAUCUUAGACUGAAAGGAAUUUGGAUUGGUCUUAUAUGCGCGGCUACAAUUCAAGUAUCCACAUUAUGCGUUAUUUGUUUCAAUUUGAACUGGUCAACACAAAUUAAAUUGGCUCUUCAAAGAAUCAAGGCUGAGAACGAAUCCUCGGCUAUUCAAUCAAAAAGUAUGGGUGAACAUAAUGUUAUGACAAUUUUAAAUGUUGAGGAAGGUGAUAUACUCUCAAAGAAACGUGAUGAACUAACUGAAUUCACGAAGGGAAGUGACAACUCAGUUAGAAUAUCCAAUAGCCAUAAGAAACAUUUAAGCAAAACAAUCAUCAGAAACAGGAUAAUAUUUAUACUAAUUUUAUUAUUACUACUUGCUUCAAGUAUUUUAUGCCGAAUAUUUAUUAAUUGGUCGGAUUAUUUUGGUGUUUAUUGUGUCUACAAUAAUGACACUUUUAUAAAAAUUACAAGUCUUGAUUCCACUGAAAACUGUACAGUGAUUGUACCAUAGACUAAGAUGAUAAUCAUCACUAUUCAUUUCUUACUAAUUAUGAAGAUGUUAUGUAACAGUUAAUUUUUUCAUUUUGGUUAGUUAAGCACUUUGUCAGAUGUAUUUUUUUCUCUUUCUUUGAUGUAUAAUAAAAUUCGCA